AUGAGACAAUUAACAGAAGAAGAAACAAAAGUUGUAUUUGAGAAACUAGCCAACUACAUCGGUAGGAACAUUUCAUUCCUUAUAGACAACCCAACCAAUCCGCAUGUCUUCCGUCUUCAAAAAGAUCGUGUAUAUUAUGUUUCAGAACAAAUAUCAAAAUAUGCUACCCUGGUACUGAGACAACAAUUAAUGUCAUUAGGUACGUGUUUUGGUAAAUUCACCAAGACGGGGAAAUUUAGAAUUCAUAUUACAAGUUUACCUUAUUUAGCUCAAUAUGCAAAAUUCAAAAUUUGGAUUAAACAAAAUGGUGAAAUGCCAUUUUUGUAUGGGAAUCAUGUCUUGAAAGCCCAUGUUGGGAGAAUGAGUGAUGAUAUACCUGAACAUGCUGGUGUUAUUGUUUAUAGUAUGAAUGAUGUUCCUUUAGGGUUUGGUGUUAGUUCGAAGUCGACUAAUGAAGCUAGGAAUUUGGGUCCAACUCAAAUUGUUGCAUUUAGACAAGGUGAUAUUGGUGAAUAUUUAAGAGAUGAAGAUACUUUGUUUACUUAG